AAAAAAGAAAAGGUUGGCCUUCCCUAAAACGGGGCAGGAGAGGAGAGAUGAAAAGGGAAGACGUGAGCGAGCAGCAGAGAGUCAGAUAGGAGGGCUGCACUUUGUCCUGGACUAUUGAGCUGCUCUGUUGGUCUUUUUCACUCCGCACGUCUCCCUUGUGUCAUUGCAGUUGAGAGCUGAGAGUGAAGAGGGACCCGAGUGAAGAUGUCUAUCUCCACUCAGCUGGGUCUGCUGUUGUGGAAGAACUUCACCUACAGAAGGAGACAAACACUCCAACUGCUGACAGAGAUUGUGUGGCCUCUCUUUAUUUUCUUCAUCCUGAUUGCUGUGAGGUUGAACUACCCGCCUUAUGAACAACAUGAAUGUCACUUUCCCAACAAAGCCAUGCCCUCAGCAGGCACCCUGCCCUGGAUCCAGGGCAUCGUCUGCAAUGCCAACAAUCCCUGCUUCCGACACCCAACCCCCGGGGAAUCUCCAGGAGUCGUAGGAAACUUCAACGAUUCCAUAAUCUCACGCCUGUUUUCAGAUGCCAAGAAGAUCUUACUGUACAGUCAAAAUGACAAGAGCUUAGAUGGAUUCAAGGAGCUUAUCAGUGCAGUGAAAGUCAUGCAAAGCAACACAGCUGGUUUCAAGCUGAAGGACUUCCUGCGUGAAAAUGAAACCCUUUCCAUGUUCCUCCAGCAAAAUGCCUCCUUUUCCCAUAAUCACGUGCAGAAUAUUUUGGAAGCUGAUGUAAAUCUUGAAAAGGUGCUGCUCAAAGGUUUUGGCGUCCAUCUGAGAGACAUGUGCAACACCACCACACUUGAGGAUUUUGUGAGCAUCCCAGACGAAAGGUUGGCGAGAUUCACCCAGGACCUCAUCUGCAGCGCUCCCAAUAGCUGGCUAGACCAGGCCGAGAGACACUUCAAGUCCAACUUGGAUUUUCUCAAACCUAUUAGGUCAGACAUAAGGACUAAUGCCACUGAUGUCCGUCUAGUUGCCAAAGCUACAGACAACCUUCUGGAAAGCCUGGGAUCACUGGCUGUGGAGCUGGCCAGUAUGAGGAGCUGGAGUGACCUGCGAAACGAGAUCCUGUUUCUGACAGAAAACGCCACCGGCUCGCCGAGUCUGAUGUACCAGGCUGUGUCCCGUAUCGUGUGUGGACACCCGGAAGGUGGUGGGCUCAAGAUCAAAUCCCUCAACUGGUAUGAGGACAGCAACUUCCAGGCGCUGUUCGGCAGCAACAACGACAGUGAUAACGAACCAGUUUCAGUCUAUGACAACACCACCACUCCAUACUGUAACAACUUGAUGAAGAACAUGGAAGCCAGUCCUAUCUCUCGAAUGAUCUGGAGAGCAUUGAAACCUCUCUUGAUGGGGAAGAUCCUCUACACGCCACACAGCCCUGCAACACAGAAGAUCAUUCAUGAGGUCAACAAGACAUUUCAGGAGCUCGGAAUUCUACGAGAUUUAGGUGGAAUGUGGGAAGAAGCCAGACCGAAGGUUUGGAACUUCAUAGAGAACAGUGAAGAAAUGGAUCUGAUACGGACGCUUCUUCGGAACAAUGCCACUGCUAGUUUCUUCAGUGCCCAGUUGGCUGGGACUCAGUGGAGCGUGGAGGAUGUUACAAGCUUCUUGUCUAAGCACUCCGAGGACACGCGUCCCCAUGGAACAGCAUUUACGUGGCGGGAUGUCUUCAAUGAGACAGAUCAGGCCAUUAUGAGCAUAUCCCGUUUCAUGGAGUGUGUAAACCUGGAUAAACUUGAACCUGUGAGCACAGAGGAGAAAAUGGUGAACGAGUCCAUGAGUCUCCUGGAUAACAGAAAGUUUUGGGCGGGAAUUGUGUUUCUGGACAUUCAGUCCAACAGUUCUAAACUUCCCCCACACGUCAAUUACAAGAUCCGCAUGGACAUCGACAAUGUAGAGCGCACAAACAAGAUUAAAGAUGGGUAUUGGGAUCCCGGUCCCAGGGCUGAUCCGUUUGAAGAUUUGCGGUAUAUUUGGGGAGGAUUUACUUACCUACAGGAUAUAGUUGAACACAGCAUCAUCAGAGCAGUUACUGGGACCAAAGAGAAGACUGGUGUUUACAUCCAACAGAUGCCUUAUCCAUGUUAUGUAGAUGAUAUUUUCCUUCGUAUUAUGAGCCGCUCCAUGCCGCUUUUCAUGACUCUGGCCUGGAUGUACUCAGUGGCCAUCAUCAUCAAAGGCGUCGUCUAUGAGAAGGAGGCCCGGCUCAAGGAGACCAUGAGGAUUAUGGGAUUGGACAAUGGAAUCCUGUGGUUCAGUUGGUUCAUUAGCAGCCUCAUCCCUCUUCUCAUCAGCGCAGGCCUGCUGGUUCUUCUACUCAAGAUGGGUAAUCUCUUGCCCUACAGUGACCCUGGCGUAGUCUUCCUCUUCCUUGGAUCAUUCGCUGUGGUAACCAUCAUGCAGUGUUUUCUAAUCAGUACAGUGUUCGCACGUGCCAACCUGGCAGCGGCUUGCGGGGGCAUUAUCUACUUCACCCUCUACCUGCCUUAUGUGCUCUGUGUGGCUUGGCAAGACUACGUGGGCUUCAGCGCCAAAGUCAUUGCUAGCUUACUGUCUCCAGUGGCAUUUGGAUUUGGCUGUGAGUAUUUUGCCCUGUUUGAAGAGCAGGGUGUGGGCAUCCAAUGGAAUAACCUCUUCUCCAGCCCAAUGGAAGAAGACAACUACAACCUCACCACCUGCCUCAUCCUCAUGUACUUUGAUGCCUUCCUGUAUGGGGUCAUGACCUGGUACAUUGAGGCUGUGUUCCCUGGGCAGUAUGGCAUUCCCAGGCCAUGGUACUUCCCUUUUACUAAAUCCUACUGGUUUGGAGAGAGCAACACAAACAAUACUGCAGUUCAUGGAAAGAAGGGCAAUGCUGGAGCUGUCUGCAUUGAAGAGGAACCCACUCACCUUGAACUGGGAGUUUACAUUAAGAAUCUUGUGAAGGUCUACCGUCAUGGCAAGAAGCUAGCAGUCGAUGGGUUGACGCUUGGCUUCUAUGAGGGGCAAAUAACUUCUUUCCUAGGUCACAAUGGAGCUGGAAAAACAACCACCAUGUCUAUCCUAACUGGCCUAUUCCCUCCCACCUCUGGCACUGCAUAUAUCAUGGGCAAAGAUAUUCGCUCAGAGCUCAGUUCCAUCAGACGGAGCCUCGGAGUGUGUCCACAACACAACGUCCUCUUCAGCAUGUUGACAGUAGAAGAGCACAUCUGGUUCUAUGCCCGUCUGAAGGGUCUUUCUGAGGAGGACGUGAAGGCUGAGAUGGAGCAGAUUCUGACAGAUACUGGCCUUCCACACAAACGCAAGUCCAGGACCAGCCAGCUGUCAGGUGGUAUGCAGAGGAAACUCUCAGUAGCCCUUGCUUUUGUUGGAGGGUCAAAGGUUGUUAUUUUGGAUGAGCCCACUGCUGGUGUGGACCCAUACGCUCGAAGAGGCAUCUGGGACCUUCUUCUGAAGUAUCGUACAGGUCGGACUAUCCUUCUUUCCACCCAUCAUAUGGAUGAAGCGGAUAUUCUGGGCGAUCGUAUUGCUAUCAUCUCCCAUGGAAAGCUUUGUUGUGUGGGCUCUUCGCUCUUUCUUAAGACUCAAUUGGGAACUGGAUACUAUCUUACCUUGGUAAAGAAAAACACUGAGCCUUCUCUCAGCUCUUGCAGGAACUCAAGCAGCACUGUGUCCUUUGUUAAGAAAGAUGACAAUGCAUCUGAGAGCAGUUCGGAUGCUGGUCUAGGUAGUGAUCAAGAGAGCGAGGCCGCCACAGCAAUAGGAACUACAUGGCCUGAAUCUCCUGUUGUUCCUGUUGAUGUAGACCUCAUCUCCAGUCUAAUCCUGAAGCACGUUCCCGCUUCUCGCAUGGUGGAAGACCUCGGUCAUGAGAUAACAUAUGUGUUGCCGUACGAGUCUGCCAAAGAUGGUGCUUUCGUUGAGCUCUUCCAUGACCUGGAUGAUCGGCUCGCUGACCUUGGCAUUUCGAGCUAUGGUAUCUCAGAUACUACACUUGAAGAGAUUUUCCUUAAGGUGGCAGAGGACAGUGGAGUUGACACUGAAAUCAUCUCAGAUGGAACAUUGCCAGUUCCCAGACAUAGACGACAUGCAUUCGGUGCUGACCACCAGAGCUGCCUCAAACCCCUGACUGAAGACGAUGACUUUGACUGCAACGAAUCUGACGGUGAUCCAGAAUCAAAAGAAACAGACUAUUUGAGUGUUUCCAAUGGGAAAGGAUCCUAUCAAGUGAAAGGCUGGAGUUUGAAGAGGCAGCAGUUUGUGGCUUUAUUGUGGAAGAGAUUUCUUUAUGCUCGCCGCUCAAGGAAAGGCUUCUUUGCACAGAUUGUUCUUCCUGCUGUGUUUGUGUGCAUUGCUCUGGUAUUCAGUCUUAUUGUGCCACCAUUCGGAAAAUAUCCCAGCCUUGCUCUCAAUCCCUGGAUGUAUGAAGAACAGUUCACAUUCAUCAGUGAUGAUGCUCCACAUGAUAUAAGCACACAAAAGUUACUCAACGCUUUAUUAGAUGAUCCUGGCUUUGGAACACGAUGCAUGGAAGGAGAACCAAUUCCUGAUGCUCCCUGUACAAUGGGCGAUGAGGAAUGGUCUACACAAGAAGUGGCAGAAAGCGUGAUGGACAUUUUCAUGUCGACAAACUGGACCAUGGACAACCCAUCGCCUGCUUGUGAGUGCAGCUGUAAUGGCAAAAAGAAGAUGCUCCCAGAAUGCCCUGCUGGUGCAGGUGGACUGCCACCUCCUCAGAUUAAGAUGAGUGAAACUGAGACGCUCCAGAACCUGACGGGACGAAACAUCUCAGACUAUCUUGUGAAGACCUAUGCACAGAUCAUUGGGAAAAGCUUAAAGAACAAGAUAUGGGUGAAUGAAUUCAGAUAUGGAGGAUUUUCAUUGGGAGCUAGAAGCACUCAGGUGCUUCCUCCUGCUGAAGAGAUCGACGAUGCCAUCUCUAGAGUCAGGGAAAUCUUCCAACUGGAGAAGGACUCAGGAUCAGCGGCAGACCGUUUCUUGAAAAGCCUGUCUACCUUCAUCAAUGGGCUGGACACUAAGAAUAAUGUCAAGAUAUGGUUCAAUAACAAGGGCUGGCACAGUAUUGGAGCCUUCCUCAAUGUUAUGAACAAUGGUAUCUUGCGUGCCAACUUACCAGCUGGCAAAGACCCUCGUCAGUUUGGCAUCACUGCGUUUAACCAUCCGCUCAAUCUGACCAAGGAACAGCUUUCUCAAGUGGCCCUAAUGACCACCUCAGUGGACGUGCUGGUUUCCAUCUGUGUGAUCUUCGCCAUGUCUUUCGUCCCCGCCAGCUUCGUUGUCUUCCUCAUUCAGGAGCGAGUGAAUAAGGCCAAGCACAUGCAGUUUAUCAGCGGAGUGCAGCCAUAUCUCUACUGGUUGGCCAACUUUCUCUGGGAUAUGUGCAAUUAUGUUGUUCCUGCUACUCUGGUGAUCCUGAUCUUUGUGUGCUUUCAACAAAAAGCCUACGUCUCUGCAACCAACCUGCCUGUUCUUGCCCUUCUGCUGCUUCUUUAUGGAUGGUCCAUCACUCCUCUUAUGUACCCGGCUUCAUUCCUCUUCAAAAUCCCCAGCACUGCUUACGUGGUGCUCACUAGUGUCAAUAUUCUCAUUGGGAUCAAUGGCAGCGUGUCCACUUUUGUCAUGGAGUUAUUUGGAAAUAAUGAGAUUGGUGGCAUCAAUGACAUCCUGAAGAACGUUUUGCUCAUCUUCCCACAUUUCUGCCUUGGUCGAGGUCUCAUCGACAUGGUGAAGAAUCAGGCCAUGGCUGACGCUCUGGAGAGAUUUGGUGAGAACCGUUUCCGUUCUCCAUUGGAGUGGGACAUGGUGGGCAAGAAUCUUUUUGCUAUGGCUGUGGAAGGAGUGGUUUUCUUCAUCAUCACAGUCCUUAUCCAGUACCGUUUCUUCUUUGAACCCAAGUCUUUAAGUGCCAAGUUGAGUCCCAUUGGAGAGGAAGAUGAGGAUGUGGCCAGAGAGAGACAGAGAAUCAUGAGUGGAGCUGGACAGGGAGACAUUCUUGAACUCAGACAACUCACUAAGGUGUACAAGCGGAAACAGAAGCCCGCUGUUGAUCGUCUGUGUGUUGGCAUUCCUCCGGGAGAGUGUUUUGGUCUGCUUGGUGUCAAUGGAGCCGGAAAGACAAGUACUUUUAAAAUGCUGACCGGAGACUCUGUGGUCACCAAAGGAGAAGCAUUCUUGGCUGGGAAAAGUAUACUCAGAGAAAUAGAUGAAGUACAUCAGAACAUGGGCUACUGCCCUCAGUUUGAUGCCAUCAAUGAUCUGCUGACAGGACGGGAACACCUGGAAUUCUAUGCCAUCCUGCGCGGUGUACCUGAGAAGGAAGUUUGUGAGGUGGCGGAGUGGGGAAUCCGUAAACUAGGCCUCGUGAAGUACGUGGACAAGAAAGCAGGAAGCUACAGCGGUGGCAACAUGCGCAAACUCUCCACCGCCAUAUCACUCAUUGGAGCCCCACCAGUGGUCUUCCUGGAUGAGCCCACCACUGGAAUGGACCCCAAAGCACGAAGAGCACUGUGGAACUGCAUCCACAGCGUAAUCAAAGAGGGACGCUCUGUCGUACUUACCUCACACAGUAUGGAGGAAUGUGAAGCACUGUGCACCAGGAUGGCCAUCAUGGUGAACGGCAGGUUCCGAUGUCUGGGUAGCGUCCAGCACCUUAAGAACAGAUUUGGCGAUGGGUACACCAUCAUUCUGAAGGUUGCGGGGCCAGAUCCUGACCUGCAGCCGGUGAUGAAGUUCAUUGAGAGCGAGCUGCCAGGAAGCACCCUGAAAGAAAAACGAAGAGAAAUAUUGCAAUACCAGCUUCCCUCCUCCCUCACCUCCCUCGCUCACAUCUUCAGCAUCCUCGCUAAGAACAAAGAGUUUCUCAGGAUAGAGGACUACUCUGUGUCCCAAACCACUCUGGACCAGGUAUUUGUUAACUUUGCCAUGGACCAAAGUGAUGACCACUUUGACAGCUCCAUUCGUCGUAAAGAGACAGCGGUCAACAUGGCCCUCCUGAGCCCUCUGUCUGCUAAAGAGAACACUGAGAAGCCAAUAGAAAGCUUUGUGUGAGCCGGAGACUCCCUUUACACUACAUGCUAACUGGAGCCAGUGGAUUCCACAUAUUUCAUGUUUCUGUGGCCUUUAAGCUGUGGUCCGCCGUUCUGACCUCUGUCUGAAGAUAGACGUCUUCACCGGUCAGCAGAGACGCAGAUACUACAGCCGAGACACUCAAUGCAAGUCAAUGCAAAAAAAAAUUAAAAAGACUUCUCUCGUGUUUCUAGCAUGGCUGAAUCCGAACCAUGUUAGUCACUGUGUUAAAAACUUGAAGCCAUAAUUUGUGGACAGACUCUAUUUUGUGCAGUCGUCAAUAGAGAUCGAUUUUCAUCGUGCAAGAUAAUCGGCUCGAUGGAAAAAUACCAAUGAUCAAUAAUUCAGGGUCAGUAUCUUUGUAUUUUAUUUACUUAAGACUAGAAGACUGGGAAUCACAUGCUGAAGAAUCAGAAUCGUUUGCGUGGCCAAGGGCUGAACUGCAAAACUGGAAAUUGUACUAUGUUAAAAUGAUUUUGUCUUUGAUAUGUCUUUAUUUAUAAACAAACAAUUGUUUUAGAUGUUUUAAAUAGUCAGAAGGGGCAUUAUUUUAUAGGUUGUUCUAUCCAAGAGUGCCUCAUUAUAUCUUCAUACAUGCCUUUGUGCAUGGGCAAAACAAAAAAAGUGAUUGAUUUCGUAGUUUUUUUUUUUUUUUUUUUUUAAAUAAAAGAAAGUUUAUACAAGUAAGCUUUACAGUUACAAUAUGUAACAAAUACCUCGACUGACAUGGCAAUCCUAGUGGAUGCUCCAGGAGUCGCAUGAACAACUUAGAAGGAAAUGAUUUAAAACAUACCAUUUAUGUGGCUUCUUUCAUAUAAGGGCAUCUGGUGUGCCCUUCAUUGUAUCUCUGGACCAUUAAAUACAGAAAUCCACAAACAACACUGAUUCCAGCUGUAUUACAUAGCUGUUCAUUACAGUAAGUGUGAUCUGUCCAUACAUUGAGUUUGGAUUGUUAAAUCAGUAUUUUGGAUCUCAUUGGGAUUGGCGACAGCGUUGUCCGCCUUUAUCCAAGCACUUUACUUGCUGUGUUAAUUAAAAUUUAAUUUAAUAUCCAAAUGUGUUAAUCUUUUUGCACUGGAUUCUCCACAGACAAUGUUUUUGCUGUUUUUCAUUUACUGUUUAGUUUUGGUUUGGGUUCGACCAAAACAAUAGAACAACAACAAAAAAAAAAAAAAAACCUAAAAGGAAAAAAAGUUUUAGUACCACAGUGAUGUUCCUCAUUUAAUACCUGUUUACAUUUCAAAUUUAUGGCUGUGGAUUGUCUGUUACUCACUUUGUACACUUACUGUAUUUAGACAAUAAAAUGACAAUUCUACAACCCUAA